AUGGGUAAGGUACCACAGGAAGAAUCUUCGGAAGAAAACCUGGCGAUAACAGUGCUGUCUUUAUUUGUAAAUGAAGUUGAAAUCACAAAUUUAUGGAAAUUUGAUUCAAUCGAAAUCAAUGAUCCUGUUGAGAAAAAAUUUGAGAACGAGAUUGAUCUUCGGACCAAGGAGCAUUUUUUAGAAACGGUAACAAUUAAUAAAGAUGGUCGAUAUGAGGUUUGUUUACCAUGGUCUGAUGAUAAGUCACCUUUGCCCGACAACUUGGAUUUGGCGAGGAAAAGGCUCGACUACAUUACCUCAAAACUUAUAGCUAUGAAUAUGUAUGAGAAAUAUGAAAAUAUUCUUCUAAAUUGGUUAGAUGAAGACAUAAUAGAGGAAGUUCCGACCAACGAAAUGAACUCUUAUGGUAAUUAUUUACCUCACCGUGCAGUGAUAAAACUAAGCAGCAGCACUACUCCAAUUCGUCCGGUAUUUGACGCUUCAGCGAGAUUAGCAAAUUAUCCAUCUUUGAAUCAGUGCUUGGAAUGUGGUCCUAAUCUCAUUGAGCUUAUUCCAAAUAUUCUUAUUCGAUUCAGAGAGGGACAGCUUGGCGUUAUAGCUGACAUCAGGAAAGCUUUUCUGCAAAUUAGUAUUCCUUCAGUAAUUGAGUACCAUAUUCAAAAAUGUGAAGGAUUUGAAAAAUCUUUGAAGAAAAGACUUUUGGAGAGUUUCUACAUUGAUAAUGUCGUUACUAGUGUCGACAGUAAAGACCAAUUAGAUCGAUUCAUCGACAAUUCUAAAACCUUGAUGGCAAAAGGUGGUUUUGAUCUUAGAGAAUGGGAAUGGUCUGGCGACUGUGAAACUAAUUCAAAGGAAGAAACUCAGGUAUUAGGUCUUAUUUGGAAUAAGAAAUUAGACACUUUGAAAAUUAACAUGAAAUAG